AUCAUCUUCACAAGCACAUCAACCAAAACCAAGAGAAAGAAAGAAAAAACAUACACUAGAUUUUCUAUAAUUUUCGAGUUUCAAAACUUUUGAUUUGUGCAAGCAUGGGUAUUGUCACAUUCACUGAAGAACUCCACUGCCCAGUUUCGGCUAAGAGGAUGUUCCAUGCCUUGUUCCGUGACGACCACAAUUUGAUCCCUAAGAUUAUGCCCAACGUAAAAAGCGUCGAUUUCAUCUCCGGUGAUGGAAGUCCCGGAAGUGUCAACCAAGUUAACUUCGUCGAUGGACAUCCAGUGAAGUUUGUGAAGCAUAGGUUGGACCACUGCGACGCUGAAAACUACUCGUGCAACUACACCGUGAUUGAAUCCGACACAUUUGGUGACAAGGUUGAAUGCGUUGCUAACGAGGUUAAAUUCGAGGAUGCAGCUGAUGGAGGAUGUAUCUGUAAGAUUAAGAGCUGCGUUCACCCAAAGGGAGAUGCUGUUCUUGAUGAAGAACAUUUGAAGGCCGGUCACGGAGGAUACAUGGCCAAGUACAAGGCUGUUACUGAUUACCUCGUCGCAAACCCUGACGCUUACGCUUAAUUUGAGUUCAGAUCUGUCUGGAUUUUCUUAGUAAAGAGUGGAUUUGGUGAAUAAGUGUAAUUUGUGUGUGUGCCUGUGUUUGUUCAUGUUACAUGUAUGUGCCUUCCCUAAAACAUAAUAAUAAAAACGGAUAGUGUAUUAUUAAUUUCUCA